UGAGAACAAAGCAGAACUAUUGAAAACAAACUGAAACCAAGACUAUGCUUAUUUCAUUUGGUUUAAACCAUCGUAUUACGCGAAAUGUAACUGGGUAAAUUGACCGUCUGCAUUUAUCGCAGAAGAGCUGGGUGAUUACAAGGAAUGUUUUCAUCUUGAACUCUCGUUGUUCGCAGAACAACAUGGAAGAAAUAAUGCCCCAGUGGGUUAUGGGGAAGAUUUGUGAGAAAAGCCUGCUAGCAAUCCUAUUUAAUGAACGAAGAAUCAAACAUGCAACACUUAUGUACUAAAAUAAUCCCUACGUAAACGAAAACAUUGUUUAUGUGUAAUAAAAAUUUCUUUACAGGGAAAAGAUUGAAUGAAUUCCGAUGGGUCGCAAACACUACAACGCAGGAGGUUGCACGUUAGGGUUGAGUUUGAGCUCUUCUUUUGGCCCAACGCGUUGAGUUCGUUGUAAAAAUUAACCUCCCACCAAAAAUGGGUUGUACAUUACCUACCAGUCGGUUGUUCGGCAGGCACGGGUGUCGGUAUCCGGCCGCAUCACUCGAAGAUGGGAGGACCCAUCGUCGAAAUUGAGAAUAGCAUCAUCAGCAACUACGGAGCAAUAGCAAUAGCAUUUACCAGGCAGAAAAAGUGCGUUUUUGUUAACGCACGUUGCUCAGUAAAGGUGAAACCCUAAUCUAUACUGAUUCUAUUUCAAGCAACACAAACAUUAAUAGUUCGAUAAAACCAAUAAAAACACAAACACAAAACCAUGUAUUAUGUACUCGAAAAAGUUGAAGAAAUGUUUUCUGUGCGGCCAUGGGGGGGGAGGGGUGCAUUAUGCCUACAAGUGAAGCAUGGUUCAAAUUGUUCAUGAACAACUGACAUCAAUUCUUAUCCGAGUGUGGACCUACGAACGUAUGGGCAUCCUACACAAAAUUAUUAUCUAUACUUGCUGCUAUGGUAGAAAACUGGAAACAAUGUACUCAUGGUCGAGCGAUAGGACAUUAAAGGUUUGAAUGCAUACCUUCUCUACAAAGCAAUUUUAAAAUUGAACGAAGGAAUAAAGAGUAUGUCUUUAAACAUAUACAGAACAGAACCAAAAAUCAACUACAUUGAACUUGCUGCUCUAUAAAAGCACAUUCUUCAUGCCAUCCUCGUUGUAUUCUAUGUUUUCGAAUGGAUUAUUUAUGUAAUAUCCUAUGUGGUUCCCAUUGGAUUGCAUUUAUUUCGCACUGCACAGCAUGAGUUGCGUAAAAAUAUUUACGAUGCCGGUGCACGUGGGCGAUGUGAAGUUGCAUUGCGCAAAAUAGACGUUUCGAGUAUCGCUUUGGCCGUGCUGCGCCCAAUAUUUUCUAUUUUGUGAAUAUUAUUUUCCUAAACUUAUCCUUUGCGAGAAUGUAUAUUUUUGAGUUGUGUUUCAUAUUCAUACACAAAUUUCAUGUCCUGGAUAUUUUCUACUUUUAGUAUGAAACUAUUUUCAACCAAUUGGCACGUUUGAUGUCUGAAAGCACAACAGUGUUGCCAGUAGAUUAUUACCAGUUUUGAUGUAUGACAUUUCGAAAGCACGUGUAGAUGUUCGAAUAUUCAAAAAGAAUUUUAUAAUUGUAACUAGAGUAGCAGUUGGACUCGUGCAUACCACUUUCAUGAAUGAAUAAAAGAAUCUACGUCAAUAUAAAGGAGUAAAAACCGAACUUUGAAUGAUUCAUUAACAUUUUUAUACCAAUCGUGAAUGAUAUCCUCAAAUUUAUGUUAUUUAUCGUUUGCUAUUUAGUUCGCAAGGUAACUGAAACGUGGGCCUCAGCCGUGGCUAUAACAUUUCUUCUUCUAGUCUUCACAACUACAAUCGACACAUCAUCUGCUUUAAGCUACCGAGGCUACAAACAAGAGAUGAAGGAGCAACCAGACGAUGUACUAAUAGAUCUUAUUGCACGAUACGGCCAUACAAUGCUGAGAGCUAAAGAUGAGCUAGAAAACUCUAAGCGAACCGUUGACUUUGGGCUGUCCCGCGGAUAUUCAGGUGCACAAGAAGCAAAGCAUCGAAUGGCAAUGGCAGUUGCCAACUUUGCCGGUGGCCCCGGGAGGAAACGAAGGUUUGAGGGAAUCAUGCUGUAAAUUGGAACACUGAAGCGAGCCUAACGAUUUCUGUCAUGUUAUCAUGAAUAAGUGCAAUAUUGAGUAACGGAAAACCGACGAAAUGAGCCUCACAACACAAUCAAUUCGAGCAAUACAACCGCUUUUUGUCUUCUGUCUAAUGUUGAACGUAGAGUUUAAAUAAAUUAAUGCCAGUUUUGAUAGAAAUGUAUCAAUGA